AUGAACGUGGAAAAAGAAAAUGUUACGGAUCGGGAGCUCUUUUCAGAGCUCUUCGAAAACCCGAUCCACCCUUUACAAAUUCAUAUAGUUCCUCCAUUUGUUGACGAAAACAGCCCGACGUUCCACCUGCAAAUUCAUGGUGAAGAAGUUUACAGAUGCAGAGAAAUUUGUGGGAAGCCGGCGACAGUGUUCAAUUUACUUCAACUGAGUGUCAAGCCGCUUGGUUACCAGUUCGAGGAGUUUGCUCGAGAUCGUAUUAGGCACGCAAUCGCGGAAAGCAUUCGGCGAUUUUGGCGAAAGAUCCAAACCACGGCGGACGGAAAAAGGAGAAAAAAAUAGAACUCACUGAGACUUGGAUUAAACUGGCCAUUAAAUUAUUAAUUUCAGCAAAAGAUCAGUAGAAUGUAGAAUGUCAGGGAACGUAAAGAAAGGUUUCAGUUUGCUAUUAGCGAAGUGCUUUGAAUUCGUUCAAAUUAAGGGACUGGAUUAUUUAGAACAAUGAACACAUGAAUGUCACAUUUUGUUAUGCCCGCUUUUUUCAGGGAGCGAGCUUAAGUAUUUUAGCUCUAUUGCAAAAACUGAACUUACUUACCAACCAUUUUCAUUGGUUCAAUUGCUUUUGGGGGUCAAUAUAUUAGCUAACAUCUUUCGAAUGGAGAAGCAAAACAUUACAAUCAGCGACGAGUGUUUUGGCUUCCGCCCACAAUUUUACUCACCUCGCAGAGAGCCUAUUUACGACACAAUCGAGAUCUCGCACGCGUUAA